CGGCUUAAUGCAUCUCAUCCAUUAAAUGUAUCAAAGGAGACUAGGAAGCCCAGUGCAGGUUAAAUCAGACCUUACUGUUACUACCCAACAAUUGGCACAUUAAGUUUAACGUUCUUAGAUUUUAUAAAUAUCCAGGUGCUCGGCACUGCUACCUUCACGUGUCACUGGAAAUUACUGACGUGUAACUUUAGCUUCCGAUUAAACGUAACCACUAUCGUUACCUUUUGUCGUGUGCUCAAGGUCGACAAUUGCGCAACUUCCCCCUAGCGGUUAACAUGGUCCUAUACACGUCUUGACAUUACGGAAUGGUUUUGGAGCACGCGAUUAUUCUGAUCAUGCGUUUCGUGUACUGUACAGGGUUGGUUCGCCAAUUAAGGAUUUUUUGCCGAUUUGUUUCGAAUGCAGUUUUACGUGAACACUUGCACCCGUACACCAGUACCACGUUGCAAUUAUCACAGUCCUAAGCCACCAAUCUUGAUGGUUGUAUCUUUCGAUGUUGACUAACGUCCACGAGUGUACUUGGGUUCUUUCGGUAAAGUCGCGUAGAUGGGGUAAAUAGAUCACGAGUGUGAAGUUGAGCCGUAUUCGCCGUCACCACCGCGACCAACAUUGUCACCAACGGACUCUUUAUAAUUCCCACUCAUCGCUACCAUCACCGUCAUUAAACCGCAGCGUUCGAUACUGCACGUCGUCAUCCGUCACAAAUCGGUGUAAUCGCCCCCAUCCACCAACAUCAACUGCAAAUCACAAGCGAUGACACGAGGCUUAAUCCAAUCGUCCCGUCGACCACCGCCACACGGUUGAGCCCCCCCCCCCCCCCCCCACGGUGACAAUAGCCCCGUCUCCUUCCCUGCAGGGGAGAGUCCAUUGGUCCCAAACCCACAGCGCGUAUUUCCGCUCAUCGCGCCUGUGAUUGGAGCUGGUUUCGGGGUGUGUGUCGAUGGUGACGGGCUGGGGGGUGGGUGGUGUUAGUCGGGAUGGGAGAGGUUAUGUGAGACGCACACACAGAAGGAAGCUCGCUCGCUCGGCGGGGAUGCAAUGCGCUCCGGAAAGAGACGGCAUUGACACUUCCUCGCAGUGGAGGUGAAGUCACGAGCUCGCCCGGUGACGGGGUGUGGCAAGCGAAGCAAUGACUCCAGCACGUCAAGCGAGCGGUGACGCGGAACUUCAACAGUGAUGCUGCCGAGAUCGACAACUUCCCCCCUAAACCUAAAACAUUCUCGCUCUGAACCUGGCCUAAAUCUUCAUCCUGAAACACUCUCCCCAUAAACCCGGCCUAAACUCUGACCCGAUCACAAUCUGCAAAAACCUUACCCCAAUCCUAACCGUAACUAUAACCCUUUUCUCCAAUCCGACUGACAUGAAUCACUAUUAUUCAGAGGACUAGCAGUCGAAAAAUAAUGUACUUUUUCAAUAUAUUUUUUGCGUGAUUUAUCGUGCAAUUAACGCAGUGAUGUAACGUUUACAACGGGUGUGUUUUCUUACGCACCUUUGGUACCCCCCCACCCUUCCAGGGGUAUGCUCGGGAAUCUGAGACAUUACGUAGGUGAUACGUUAGACUUAGAGAUUCAUUAAGGCCCCUGGGGGUUUUUAGCUGAGCACAAGUUUUAUACUUGGAGGAUUUGUAAACCUCGGCACACAAUUAUAUUUUUUAAUAAAUCUAUUUAUACGCAGCAUUAGCCGAGUGACAAGUUUAGAGGCUUAUUCUUGCACCGUGUCGUUAAAACAUGCGUGACGUUAUAACAUUUAAGCAUGAAAUACAUUUGUUGCAUUUCAAUAAUUAAUGCUUUAAAAUAAAUAGUCGAUCCAAUCCUAGCAACAAUUGUGUAAAAGUAUCAAAAUAAUACCUUUUUUAAAAAGAAAAUUUUAAUUAUUAAAUUCGCUGACGGGAACAGAAAAUUACAAGCUUUGGGUCAAACGCCCUUCUGCAGGAAAAUACACAGGCACUAUAUACGGACACACACACACCGACAGACCUGGACACAUACAAUAUGUACAUCUCACUUCAAUUUUAACACUUACAAUGCAGCUGUGCACCCUCUGGAUAUGCCACACAAUGUGAGGGCAUCUGAGUGUUGGUUUUUAAACCAUAGCACAAUACUUUUUUGGGGGGAAAAAAUAAACAUUUAAACUUAAUGCCUUACACAUUUGCGUGCCCAACGAUCAGUGGGACUUGCACACACACACACACGCAUGAGCUUCGCAACUUGACUCAGGUUAUAAAUUUUGUGUCGAUAAUAAAUCGGUCACCCCUGCCUUUUCCUGACCGGGCAGCACCUUCUCACCACUCUCAAAACCCAUAGCCCUCCAUUUCUUGUGCCCCGCCUGGAAACGCCACCGCGAUUGAAUGCCACGCACGCGUACACAUUAACGCGUGUGCACGCACGCGCACAUGACCACAACAUCGCGCCACUAUCGUCGAGGCUAAAACUGAAUCGACUCAACCAUGAGCGAAGGCAGCGACGUCCACCGCGUGCGGAGAGUGCGACCAUCGGCCCUGCUGGAGGUGUUGGCGAUGGUGUCGGUGAUGGUGGCGCCGGGCACAGAUGCACACAGCCUGUUCACCUGUGAGCCGGUGACCCUCCGCAUGUGCCAGGAUCUGCCGUACAACACCACCUUCAUGCCCAACAUGCUUGGACACUACGACCAGAUCGCGGCGGCCAAGGCCAUGGAGCCGUUCCACCCGCUCGUGAACCUCGAGUGCUCGCCGGAGCUGCGCCCGUUGCUGUGCGCCGCCUUCGCACCGCCGUGCGGGGGCGGCUCGGAGGGGGCGUCCCCCUGCCGACCGCUGUGCCGCCGCGUUCUUGCUCUCUGCUCGCGUCUCGCCGACGUCUUCGGCGUCGCGUGGCCCGACGAGAUGGACUGCGAGCGCUUCCCCGACUGCGACGGCGUCUUCCGCGACCCUUCCCACGGCGGCUCUGACGGCGACCGCCGGGGCUCGGGGCCCGGCGACCCUCGCCACGCGGCAGCCGGCGGCGGCGGCGGCGGCGGCGGCGCUCAGCCACGGGACUUCGGCUUCUGGUGCCCGCGGCAGCUGAGGGCGACGCGGGGCCUGGGCUACCGCUUCGCGGGCGUGCGGGACUGCGCUCCGCCGUGCCACCCGCACAUGUUCUUCGGGCGCGACGAGCUGGCGCUUGCCCGCUACUUCAUCGGCGCCAUGGCGGCCGUGUGCCUGUGCGCCACCCUCUUCGCCGUGCUCACGUUCCUCAUCGACGUGCGCCGCUUCCGCUACCCGGAGCGGCCCAUCGUCUUCUACUCGCUCUGCUACCUGGCCGUGGCGCUCUGCUACCUCGUUGGAUUCGUGGCGGGCAGCGGGGCGGCCGCGUGCAACCCCCCCGACGCGGCGCGUGGCACCGCGCCCACGGUCACGCAGGGCUCCCACCGCCGCGCCUGCACGCUCCUCUUCGCGCUGCUCUACUUCUUCACGCUGGCGGGGGCCGGCUGGUGGGUCGUGCUCACCGUCACGUGGUUCCUCGCCGCCGGCCUCAAGUGGGGCAGCGAGGCGAUCGCGGCGCGCGCCCCGCUCUUCCACGGCCUCGCCUGGGGCCUGCCCGGCGCCCAGACCACCCUGCUGCUGGCGCUGGGCGCGGCCGAGGGCGACCCGGUGAGCGGCGUCUGCUUCGUGGGCGUCUACGACACGGCGGCGCUGCGCUGGUACCUGCUGGCGCCGCUCGGCCUGUGCGUGGCCGCGGGGCUCGGCCUGCUGCUCGCCGGCUUCGUGUCGGUGAACCGCGUGCGCCUCGUCAUCCAGCACGACGCGCGCAACCAGGAGAAGCUCGUCAAGUUCAUGAUCCGCGUGGGCGUGUUCAGCGCCCUCUACCUGCUGCCGCUCGUCGCGCUGCUCGGCUGCUACCUGUACGAGCAGGCGAACCGCGGCGGGUGGGAGCUCGGAUGGCUGCACCGCCACUGCCAGCACUACCACAUCCCCUGCCCCGCGGUGGCGGAUGAGCCGGGCCGCCCGGACCUGACGCUGGUCCUCGUGCGCUACCUCAUGACGCUGCUCGUGGGCAUCCCGUCCGUCUUCUGGGUCGGCAGCCGCAAGACGUGCUCCGAGUGGGCGAGUUUCUUCCACCGGCGCGGCAAGCGCGACACGACGAGCGACUCCCAGCAGAUCCUGGAGGAUGUUCGCUCGCAAACGCAGGGCCAGGCGCCCGCCACCGCCGCCGGCACAACGCCGGCCCCGGCGCGCGACCCCAAGACGCCCGUGGUGCGCAAGUCCCGCGGGACGUCCACGCAGGGGGGCGGAGGAGGGGGAGCGUCCGUGGCCGGGUCGCUCCAUGCCCCCACCGACGCCGGCAGCGUCCCCAGCCGCGUGGGCAGCAGCUACCACGGCAGCCUGCACCGCUCGCACGACGGACGCCGAACGCCGGGCAGCGCCCGUGUCGCGGACGAGCGCCUCGUCUACUGCAGCCUCCCGCGAAUGCGCGGCGGCGACGGCGCCGCUCCGGGACAGCCGCCGCACUCGCGCCACGACAGCCUCAACCGCCUCAACGGCAACUCGCGAAUCGCGCGGGCGCAAGGCGGCGGCGGCGGCACGAGCAUCGAUCGGGCCGCGAGCCCUCGCUCGCGCCAGGGCUCGCGGUGCGGGAGUCUCGCCCAGCUCUCGGCGCAGUCGAGGCACGGCAGCCUGGUGCAGCUGGCGCCGCACUCGCGCCAGGGAAGCCUGGCGCAGCUGACGUCCCACUCGAGGCAGGGCAGCCUGGUGCAGCUCGCCCCGCACUCGCGCCAGGGCAGCCUGGCCCAGCUGACGUCGCAUUCGAGGCAGGGCAGCCUGGCCCAGCUGACGUCCCACUCGCGCCAGGGCAGCCUGGCCCAGCUGACGUCCCACUCGAGGCAGGGCAGCCUGGUGCAGCUGACGUCGCAUUCGAGGCAGGGCAGCCUGGCCCAGCUGACGUCCCACUCGCGCCAGGGCAGCCUGGUGCAGCUGGCGUCCCACUCGCGCCAGGGCGGCCUCCGAGACGAGAGCGUGGGCGCGCAGCCGCUGAGUCGUGGGAACAGCAUGGACUGUGUGCUGGAGGAGGACUGCACGAGCGCGUGAGGGCGCGGGGACGCCGAGGCGACGCCACGCGUGCGGGAGCACGUGCGCAUGUACACACGCACACGCACGCACGCGCACGCACGCAGCAACAACAACAGCAGCCGCCAUUCACGACACAUGUGCAAAGACAAAACAAAGACAAUGACCCCCCCCCCCCCCCCGUGUAACCUUUAGCAGGCUGUUGCGGCAAGCGCCGUUAGCAAGUACUAUGAAGGCCGGCACGGCACACGAGGGGGUGGGUGGCCAGCACACCGCUCCAGGUAUUAGUUUGAGGCUGAGUCGACCGAGGAGAGGCCCAUGACCGGUUCAGAUAUUCAUCACUGUUGCUGGUUGUGAGCGGGAAUCGAACUUGGGUCAGAGUUUCGAUAGCGCAGUGCGUUAACCACAUUUCUGCUCCCCAUUUGCACACACACGUGCGCACAAAUACACGCAUGCCCACGUAUGCACGCAUAAAUCUGCGUAGCAAUAUCAACCCUCUGAUGUCAACCCACGUGUCCACCCUGGCACAAGCCUUCCCAUUCCUAGCAUCUGGGCAAUCUUCUGGAGUCACAAGGGUCAGUGACCAUACUCCGUAUCUCCUCCACUCACCAGGCUCUAUGUUCAUGCAAGGUUCCUCAUUACUGUUAUGGAUCCUUUGAAAGCCUGUAGGUCCUGGAUCAAAUGUAAGUCUUUGGGUCUGGAGCAAUUAACCCACUCUAGAUGUGAUGAAUCGUUAUUCGUCUGAUUUGAGAUUCCGUUCGAGAAUCAACUCUUUUUUUUUAAUGGCAUUGUGGUGCAUGUAGCGCCUCUAGUGGCUGUAGGCUUCAUCUUAACCAAUUACAGCACAAUAACAAUGUCCAACCCCUUGUCUGCCCACUCAUGUUCUGUUGAUCAUGGGGGCUAUUUGACCAUACUUCACUACCCUGGUAACGGGGGGAGGAGAGGGGGACAGAGAGGCCACGGCGGAGUGUGCAGGACCAGUUCAGGUAUCACUCGACACGGUUAACCGUGGCAGGGAAUCGAACUCGGUUUAUUCGCAGGUCCAAAGCGAUCGAUUCUCGCACGCAUGGCUCGAUGCGUGCGUUGUGAGUGUGAGAAUCGGUACACGGCUGCUGUGUGGUGUCACAAUACUGGCCUGGGCCUCCCCUAUGUCGACUUGGGCUUUAAAUGAGUACCUGGUGUGGUGUACGUGUGUGAGCAUCAGUAUAGGGAAGACAAAGGUGGGCGAGCGUGCAUGGCGCUGGCCACGCUGGGAUGAAAACCCUCGCGUGCAAAGUGGCCACAUGCUCGUCGCAGUUUUUUUUUUCUGUCCAGAGCACAGCGGUGAGAAACUUCGUAUUCCUGUGGGUGGAUUCAGUCAAUUAAAUAAGCACAACUAUUGCUGCCAACCUGCCCAGCACCGAGUGGUGCAGGUGAUCAUUAUUAUUGACCGGCGUCGUCCUCGUCACCACCUCGCCGGUGUUCACGUUGGCAAAUUCCCGCAGGGCCCAUGGAGAAUGCAGAGAGAUAUCUGGGGCGGGGCGCGCAUUGUGGGAUCGUGACGUUGACAACGACGAUGAUGCGAAAGUAACAAUGGUGUAUGACGACGAUGUUUAUGGACAUUCGUUUAACCACAAUUCACAAUGCGACUGUGGCUGAGCAGUUAUGAUUCAGAGGAUGACUGCGAUAGACUGCAGGGCAUGGCGGUGCACUUUGGAGGUAACGGUUGGUGGAUAGUGUACGGUCGUGAAAUUCCCAGUCGCUUAGAACUGCACGUUGGCCAGGAGAUGGCAAGUACAGCAAGUGGGUUUGUGAACCCAUCUUUGCGGACGUUUCAGUGGUAUUCGAUCGUAUUGCGUGGCGGGUUUUCUCCGGGGCGCUCCCGUUUCUUCCCUCAAAGAAGCAAGAUGCUCCAGAAAUCGGCCAAACAUCACAACGCAGGGCCCCUCCACCUGAAGAAAGAGCCUUGAGAACCAGCGAGGUUAGCCUGGAUUCCGUGCAUGACAUCGCUAUCGAUUGUAUGAAACAAAGGGAAGAUUACCGUGUAGGAAUUUUGAAAACUCUCGUGAUGUUGACGUGAAUGUUUGUGUAUAGGCCUUGCGUGUCGUUAGGUCUGGUGCUGCAUUUAAACAAAGAGAGAAUUUCACGUUUUCAUCACUGGUAAAUUAUCGUGACGAUUAAGUUCGACGGCCAAAAGGGCCUUAAGGAGGAAGGAAAAAUUCUUUUGCCUACAGCAUCAACAGCAUUCGAUAAUGAGCCCCACACCCUGCUGGUGAGACCAAGAGAAGUCAGAGUUUGGCUGCUUAAACAAAUGCUGUUGGAAAACGUUGUUUUCUGAACGCCAAUGGGCAGAUAGAACUACAUGUAAUUUAUAUAUUUUUGUGGUGUUUAUUUAUUGUUUUAUUUCCCACAAUCCACCAGGGCAGCGCAUAAUGAUGUUUGCAUGAAGUAUUUGAUAAAUCGUUGACGGUUGAAGUUGACCAGAAAGGAAAAAAAUAUAUAUAACGUAAACUUGAGUUACUCUUGAAUUUCAAAACGCAGUUUACUGUGAAAGUGGAGGGCUAAGAAUGGUAAGUUACAAGUAGGGGGCAUGGUAAGGCACAAUUACGGAGUAUUUUAAGGCACAGUGGGCAUGGUAAAGCACAAUGAAUAACAGGGAUAUUAACACAAAACUUAAAAACUAUAAAAUACAUAUUUGAGUAUCUUACCAUCCAGGAUUUAUCCCAUGAAUGUUAAACUUUCGGGCACAGACUUACAGUAUAUUUAUCAUACGCUGUGUUGUGUACAGCUGUAGUGUUUAGGCUGAAGUAAUGUUGUAAUUCAUUUUAUGCCUGCAAUCGAUGCAAAACAAAA